AUGGAAGACGAGACUGAUAUCGACAUGCUCUUCGGCGAUGGUGCAGAAAUCUUUGCCAGUCAAGACGUUUCUCGCUCCGGCGGUUCUCAACUCUGCCGCUGGGACAAGCAUCACGACGUCAUCACGCAAAUCGAAGCAGUCUUCGAGACUAUGGCAGACGCUCUCCUCAACGAGAGGGCCGAUGUUACUAUCUCACUAAACUCUCAAUCCUCAAAAGAAUCCCGAGACGCGUCUGUCCGAACUCCGAAAGCAGUCUUCACAUUUCCAGGAAAGACUGCCAACGACGCAUGGAGAUUCUUCAUANGCGACCUAUACUAUCGCGAUCCAGCUUUGUUUGGCAGGCAAUCCACCGUAGACCGCUAUGUUGAUCAGAUCGCUGCCGCCUUUUCAGUACCUAGGUCAUCUCUCAACGUGACUGCCGGAGUGAAAGGCCUCAUGGCUGGCGCCGCUGUGGUACAUCGACGAGAUGGUUCAAAGAUCGACUUGACGAACGUGCAAAGCGGCAUUCUCGUGCCGAAUAUGGAAGAGGUCCUGUCCAUGGAUCUGACCCGAGUUAGGUGGGUGCUUGUCAUUGAGAAAGAGAAUGGCUUUGCGGAACCUCCAGUCUUCGGUCUUGUAGACUUUGACCCAGACGGCCUAGCGAUAUUACACACGUACAAGCACGGUUCGAAAAAUAUGUCUGAAGAAAAUGCCGAACUCAUCGUACCGAGAAUAAAAUGGCUGGGCUUAUAUAGUCAGACGAUCACAGACGAAGACCGGACACACCGGAAUCAAGGGCUGCUCACCUUGACACUGCGGGACCGUCACAAAGCAAAGAAGAUGCUCGAGUGGGAGCGGCACGCCAGCUUUGAUGAAGCGGCACACUGGCGUCGUGAAUUGCAGGUGAUGUUGAUGCUUAACCUGAAGGCAGAACUGCAGAUUCUUGAUUCUGAUCCAUCUGGUCUGGUGAACAUGAUCAAAAUGACUGCAUAUGACACGAGCCCUGACACGAGCCCUACCUGA